AGUGCAGCGCCCAUAGGUCCAUCACAUAGCGCUACCAAGGCAAGCAGGGCGGACUGCGUGUUGCCCCUUCAUUGGUGCAACUGCUUCUGGAGCGCUUUGGGGCCAAGACGCUCCUUGAGCCGAUUUCCGCGACGCUCCCUUGACGCUCUCCCUAGCGUUGAGGGCAACCCUCGCAGCGCCAGAGGCUAUUAACGGUUGCAUCCGGCCGUUGAAUGCUGGCGACGUGCCUCGCCCUCGCCUUCUCGAGCCGAACCGCAGCGCUCCGCCAACCAAUGGUGCGUGCACGGGCAAGCCUCCAGAAGGCCCGCGCGGCGCGCCGGUCGCCGCGGCUGCGCGGCGCGCCCGCGACUCCGCAAAAGCGCCCCCUCGCAACGAGCGCGACGCUACCGCCGUCGACGCCACCGCGGCGCCCGCGGCCGGCGCGCCUGCUUACGACCGCCGCGAAGGCGGCGAAGCGCCCGACCGCGCUCAGGACGUUCGCGCUCCCGCGCCGCGACGUCCACGACGCGACGGCCGCCGCCGUCAAGCGUAUUGAAGUACCAACCAUCGGCGUGGACGAGGUCGGUAGAGGGUGUUUGGCAGGACCAGUAGUCGCCUGCGCGUGCUACCUCCCAAAUGACGUCGAUAUAGAUGGGAUAGCCGACUCGAAGACGAUCACGACGGAGAAAGCGCGGGAAGCUAUCUACGAGCAAUUAAGAGAGGCGCCGGGCGUGCGCUACGCGCUGGCGAGGGCCGACGCGCCGCUGAUCGACGACGUGAACAUCCUGCAGGCGAAUCUCGCGUGCAUGCGCGCCGCCGCCGAGGCGCUCUUUCAUAGGCUUUCGUCGUCGGACGAUGGUCGGGAUGACGUGAUGAUCGACGUGACCGCUAUCGGUGACGUGAACAACGAAGCGGAGGAGGAGGACCGGCUCGUGGCCGUCGUCGAUGGCGUCGACGACCCCUGGCGCCGCGGCGGCCGCCCGCGGGGCCUGGGCGUGCGCACGGUCAAGGGCGGCGACGGCAGCGUGGCCUGCGUCUCCGCGGCGUCGAUCAUCGCGAAAGUCCACCGCGACCGGCUCAUGCAUGCUUUGCAUGAAAAGCACCCCCAAUACGGCUGGGCGGCGAACAAGGGCUACGGGUCCAAGGCGCACCGCGCGGCCAUUACGAAGCACGGCUGGGUUGUUGGUUUGCACCGCGAGUCGUUCGACCCCGUCAAGUCGAUGAUUAAUGAAUAAGUUUAGUCUUCCGGUGGUGGCGGCGGUGGUGCGCGCGGCCGCACAAAUGGUGGUUCGCCGGCGCAGUCGUGCUCCAGGCCGCCGCGCGCGCCGCGUCCAUCGAACAGUUGACCACGUCGCAGCCCGACCGCGCGAGGGCCGCGUGGACGCCGGGGGAAGUAACAAGAUCGAGGGGCCGCGCGUCGACGCCUUGAUGUAUAUUCAGGUGCGGCAGGCGGCAGUCAUUUUGUUGGACGACCGCCGCGUCGUCGGCGCGGCACGGGCGUCGUCGAUGUGACGGGCCGCAUUGUAACGAAGGCAGGAACUUGGCUAUCGUAUCCGACUCCGACCUUAAUUUGAGAAACACGAUCUCCGUCAAAACGUCCGCGGGCCACGUGCCGCCGUGCAUCUGGCUGAAUUGUACGCUGUCGUAUGUCGAAAGGUCGACGCCGUCGAGCAACCGCGCCGCCUCCCCAAACUCGCCGUCGGCGAUCGCUCGGUGGACCAAUGGCAUUUGUUCGUCGCGGAAGUCCAGCCGCAGCGAGCGCCCGACGUUGAUCCACACUCCUGACCCCGACGCCGCGAAGAAGAAGGGCUCGGCCGUCUUAUUUACGCCGUAGCUGCAGUGUGUCACUUCAGCCCACGCGCCGUCCUGAAAGACCUCGGCGAAGCCCGGCGGCCGGUGGACCCACAGGGCGCGCCUCUGCAGGAAGUGGCGCUCGUAGAAGAGCGUCGGUGGCUGGCGCCGCGUCCAGACGCGGCCGCACUUGACCCUUAGUGAAUCGCGGAGUUGUGAAGGCAUGAGGUCGGGCCAGACAAUCCGCAAUGACGAGGCGUCGACCGCGUUUUUUGAACCGUAGAGUUUCAACGAGUAGUCCUCGUCCGCCGCGAUUUGUGAGAGGGGCGCCGCGCCGGGGUCGUCCGGUAGACUUGUUACGCAGGCAAAUAGGGGCCGUCCACCUCGUGACGGGGGCCGUGCGCGUGGUGCACCAGAAGGGUCUCGAGGGCCCGACGGGGCUCUGCCGCGCGGUCAACAGCAUAGAAAGCGCGCGGGCCGUGACGGGCGCGGACAAGUGCGGCCUCCACGGGUUGCGCAUUCGCGUGGAGGCCAUCGAGGCCGGGUCGCCGUGGCUCGCGCCGACGCGCGGCUUCGUGCUCGCGGCGACGCGCGACCCCGUCCAGGCGUUGCUCGGCGAGGAGUCGGAGCUCGGCGCGCUGCUGCACGACGUCUGCGCGACGGGCUACCCCUGUCGCGUCGUCGUCGCCGACCGAAGCGAGCUCGAGAUCGUCGAGGAAAGGCGGCCCUGUGCCCACAUCGAGCCCUGGGUCCUGCCGAGCGAGUGGAUCCCGCGGACGCCGCCGCAUCCCGCGGCCCGAAACGGAUCGCACGAGAACCACCAGCGCGUCCGGUUCCACAAGGUCGCGGCGCUCGCAUCGAAUUCUGAACUAUAUGAAGGCGGCACCAUAUAUAUAGACAACGACAUCAGCCUCAAACGGUCGCACACGAAAGAAUUGUUCGAUGUCUUCGACGCCUUCGGGAACAGAUCGAUCGGCUUCAACAAGGACUGGACGAACCGCGCGAACCCCGUCCACCAGAUCGAGGGCAUCCCCAAGGGUUUUCCCGAGCGCAACGGCGGCGUCUGUUUCAUGCGCGGCGCGGGCGCAUCAACGAUCACGCGCGACUGGUUGAAUGAGCUCGCAUCGAAUCCGGGCCCGGGCGGCACGGACCAGAUGCCGCUGCGGAGGGUUCUGUGGAGGCACCGCGAGCAUUUGUUUGACCUGCCGUCGCGCGUGCAGUGCCGAUGCCGGAAGGAGUCGAUCUGCGAGAACGGCGCGCUGCUCUGGCAUUUGCAUCGGAUCUACCGGCUCGACGUCCUGCGGCGGGUCGGGAACGCGUCGGAGAUGUGCGGCUUCGUGCCGUGA